AUGUCUGCAAUGAGAAAGGAUGAAUUCUCAACUGCACUUAUCCUAAGAGAAGUGGAACUGAAGAACUGCAUUCCUCUCAAAACUACAGGGAAUGCCAACUGUAUGUUUAAUGCUGCUUCACUGUUGUUGGUGGGAAACAAAUCCCUAAGUGAUGUGAUAAGGCUACUCAUUGCUGGAGAACUUUUCUGUUUCUCAGAGUUCUACAUACAAACUAUUCAAGACAGGUUCUUGGAAAUAGAAAACGAGAUGCCCUAUUCAGAGGCUACUGCCUUCUCAACUAUCACAGGGAAUUUUUGGUGAUUCCCAAAGUGGGAAAAAAAACAGGAAAUUCGUGGGGUUUUCUUGGGUUUUGGUUGUAAUUUCCCAAAUUGGGAAAAUGCUACCAAAACCAAUAUUGGGUUCAAGUAAACCCAAUAAAAACCCGCAAAUUGGGAUUUUAGUGUACCAACUUUAACCCAGGAAUGGAGUUUUCGCGUCCCAUAUUUAUCCCAUUAAUUGGAUUUUACCAACCCACAAAAACCCCAAAAAUGUGAUUCAAUUGUCCCAGUUGAACCCCGAUAGUGGGUUAAUACUGGGCCAUCUGAAACCCAAUGUAGGAAUUAUAUUGGAACAGUAAUACCCCAACCAUAGGUUUUUAUUGCCCCAGGUAAUCCCCAAUUAGUGGUAUAACAUUGGUCCACUUUUAUCCCAUUAAAGGGAUAGUAUUGGACCAAUUUAAACCUGAGGUAUGGGAAUAUAUUGGGAUAGUUACACUCCAAAGAUGGGUUUUUAUUGCCCCAGUUGAUCUUCAAUAAUGGGAUAACAUUGGCCCACAUAUUUCCUGACUUAUGGACUUAUGAAUGUAAUUGUAAUCAAUCAAGCAGCCUUUAAAAAUAUUGGUCCAGUUGUAAAACACACAAAAAAGGUUCGACAAUAUUAAUAUGGUUAACAGUAACAUUUAUUUUAGAUGACAAUGCAGGAGUCAAUUCAAACUGGUAGACUGUUACUAAACAGGUAUUUAAUCUGUAUCUCUUUAUAUGUAAAUAUAACGUGCAAAAAUACAAUAUCAUUGAAAACUGUAUCAUAAAAAUAUAUUAAACAGUUUAAUUUAAGUUCAUUCAUCAAUCAUAGAGUAAUGCAGUUAUGCAGAGUCAUAUUGUUGAAGGCUAUUCCAUACAUUCAUCAAACAGCUCAAUUCCUUUAUGAACACAUCAAAUGUCCCUUAACUUCAUUUUCAUGGUUAAGAGCAGCAACAUUUAUAUCAGAACCACUAUGGUAUUUAGUUAUAGCUGGGUCCUACCUGGGAAAAAACAGCAUCAAGUCAUAAUUAUAAUAAAUGAACCAGUCUCUUGUAUAGUUUUUACAUAGCGGACGUGUCAGAACAUUCUUAUAUUUCCUCUAAUACAUCGAAGUGUUCAAUUUCAAUAUUCAGCCAGAAUAUGAUUAUUCUAAUAGAUUCUGUGGAUGAUUUGCAGCAAAGACCACAGUCAUCUGUAUAAACAAAAAAGGUGGAAACUUCAUCUAUAAAAACGAACAAAUAGCACCUGAGAAGAGACGAUCGAGCCUCGUACGAUCUCAAUGGAGCAACCAAACACGAGUUUCCAUACAUACCUUCCUCUUUAGUGCGCGAUCCAGCUCAGUCAUUGUUUAGUAGAAGACGAUUUUGAAACAAGACAAAUGUAAGCAACCUCACAAUUGAAUAUUUUGCGUUAAAAUCUUUGGAUGCAUUCAUUCUAAAGACAAUCCGUUUGCAAACCACUGUUGUACUGCACAGAAGUCCGCCUAACGAUUUGAAUCAAGAAAACUGAUCUUGUACACAUUUUUAUUGGUUCAAAAGCCGUACAUGAUCGCGUGUCACUAAGCGGAGGCCUGGACGCCAGUUCAAGUACCAAACAUGGCGGCAAUUCGACGGCACGAUGAAGAUUGUCUGUCUUUGAAAGCUUUAACUUGUGGUCCGUUUCAGAGUUAAAUGCACUAUGCCGACACUCGCGAAGAGUAAAGCAGUGAGAAGAAAAUAUUGCAUUGUUCUCCCAGGUGAGGGAACCUUUGAAAAAAGGCAGCGGGCCUAUUCACAGAUGCGGCGAAAAAUGUAGUUCGCCGAAUACUCCAUGCAAAACAAUCUCAUUAAUCAGAUUGGACUCGAGUAAUUGGGCAAAUUUCAGCUCUCAACAGAAGACGCCUUGAUAUCGAGAAGAGUUAUGCGCCUAGUGGGAUCAUUCAUAGUUAAUUAUAUUGAAGCGGCUGCAUGCGAUCAAGUGCAUGCACUGAAUUACCACACUUUUGGUUUUCAAAUAAGCCAAUCAAACUUUAACUGUUUUGUUUUAAACUUAGCAGAUAUGAUGUUUGGAAAAUUAAACUUUUUAAACAUUAUUUGUACACUAUGUAUGUUGGUAUUUCAAGAGCAAUCUGUCAUUUCUUUCAAGACUAAAUUCAACAUUUGCGAAGAUUUACUAGUUACCAAACAUUUUGUGUAUGAAAAAUAUUAUUCUUAAUCCUUUUCUGUUGUUGGAUUGAAAUUUAUUCAAUAUUUCCCAUAAAAGAAUAUAAUAAUUGGCCUAACCCUUACAUUGUAAUGCUAACACAAGAUUAUUGUAUUCUUUCCUACCCAAAUAUAAUAGUCAUAAGAAUAACAAAUCUAGAUUUAAUCAAAUCCUUUUCCAAGGUGGGGAUUUCUUGUCCCUUUCAUUUUCCAAAAUCGGGAACAACAUGCUGCAAUAUUUCCCAACUUGUGGGAAAAUAGCCCCAUUAUUUUCCCAUAUUUUGGGCAAUAAACCCAUUGGUUUCCCAAUGUUGGGAUCUUGGAAUCUGUAUUGCAUAUUUUCCCAAACUAAACACAGUAUUGGGAAAACGUAACCCUAACUUUAACCAACCCUUUCCCAAGGUGGGGAUUUCUUGUCCCUUACAUUUCCCAAAAUUGGGAAUAACAUGUUGAAAUAUUUCCCAACUAGUGAAAAAAUAGUCCCAUCAUUUUCCCAUACUCUGGGGAGAAAACCCAUUGGAUUCCCAACAUUGGUAUUUUAAAAAAUAUUUUGCUUCAUUUCCCAAAGUGAACCCAGCAUUGGGAAAAAUAAACCCAAACUUUUACCAAUCGUUUACCAUGAGAGGAAAAUGUUGUCCCAACAAUUUCCCAACAAUGGGAAAAAUCCCAAACACUUUCCCAGUUUGGGAAAUACAAAAAGUUUCCUGUGAAUCCUAACAGAAGCGGGCAAGAGAGA